GAUUUAAUAUAUAAGCUAAAUAUGUAUCCAAGUUAAGUGAAUACAAAGUUAUAGGCGAAACUUAUAUAAACUCAAUAUUCGUUUCCGAACGAAUCUAAAAAUGAGUUAAAACGUCAAACGCAUUUGACAAGCAAGAGUGACAGUAAAAGUUCACAUGCAUUCUAACCUCACUUUUUCGCAUUGAUAAACAAUCUUCAAACUACUUGAUAAGGGGUGCAAUAAUAAAUUAUAAGUGAAACAAUGCCUGAAAUACAAAUAGACGAAGUCUGUCCAAAAGAGGAAGUAUACCCAAUGAUUGUAAACUUCCAAAAUGGCUACGCAACGGAGCAAUUUAAGACAAACGAUUGCACACUAUUUCAAGACCAAAAUACGGGAAAGAAAACUAUAGUAACUGAAUUAUGUGACAUGUUAUAUACUGGGGAAGAAGAGGAAGCAGAUUUAGGGAGAACUUUAAUCCUCGCACGCAACAAAACAACAGGAAAAGUGCGUUUAAUAGAAGUCGAAAACAUUGAACUGAAACCGGUGUUAAAAUCAAACUUGGACACGACGGAAUUGAACGAAACAAGUUAUUUGGAGCUCAGUAGGAAGUUCGGAUCGAAGAAACACAAACAAAUAAUGGAACAUCGUGAAAAACUGAAAGUUAACGUACAAACUGUCACGGAACAGAUGCAAAAUGUUACGGAUACAUUAACAGAAGAUCAAUUAGACUUGUCAGCGUAUAAUAGUGUAAAUUCUGAUGAAUUCUACAUACCUACAAUUAAUAGAGACGCUAAGAAAGUUGAGGAUGUGUACGAUGUUGACGCUAUACUGACUGCGGAUGAGUACGAGAAGAUUUACUCAGAGAUUGAAGGCACGGACUAUAUCAAACAGUUGAAUCCGUUCUUAAAGUCCAUAGCAACGAAGACAUUAUCUCAAACCCAUACCGUUUUACUCGUCUAUGCGGAUACAUUACUAAAAUUGUACUCUACGUUAAUGAAAGAUAUUAGUAAAAAGACGUUCACAGCGUGCCCAUACUCCGGUACGCUCAACAAUAUAGUGAUGAAGAACUUCUUAUCAAACGUCAACGGUAAACGAGGACGGUCGUUGCAAUUUAAGGACAAAUCUUUGUGUUAUAGUUUAGUCUUCAUUCUACUUAUUAACGGUUAUAAGUUUAAUUUUGAUGAGUUGUGUCAGCAAUUGAAGUUGACUUUGAGGACCGUCUCGUCCAAGGUUGCGUUGACUGGUGCUACGUUGGUUACCGUUGGUACGAAGAAGGUAGCGCAGUUGAAGUUACCGCUUAGCAGACCAGCUUUGCGGAGGAGAAGUACCAAGUUCUAAUAUAUUUCUGUUUAAGUUUG